AUGGUAGCCGAGGAUCGUCCGCGGAUUCUAUACGCAGACUCGGGUCCGGAGCCCCCGUACCCGCUGCGCAUGGAAGGCACCGUCAUAUCCGGCUUCGGCCGCGGGUCCAAAGAGCUCGGGAUCCCAACAGCCAACCUUCCUGUCGACUCGGUCGCUACGCCUUGGAUCGCCAGCGCAAAGUCAGGAGUAUACUUCGGCUACGCCGCGCUAGCUCUACCGUCAUCUCAUCCCGACCGACAAGACGCCAGCGAUGCCCAAAACCAAACCCACGAACCCCGCCAUCGCUCUAACCCCCCGCUGCCGCCAACGCACCUCCCGCCUCUCACCCACCUCCUCCCACGACGACAACGUCCGUCAACACUUCUUCCACCACCGAAGAGGCGCCCAACUCCACUACCACUAUCACUACCGAUACCACCUCCUCUUCCGCACCGACGUCGCAAAAGCGCUGGCAGAUCUACCCCAUGGUAA